GGACUGAACCACCGACCAACCGGCAGGCAGAAGUAAAAGCAGACGACCUGAAUCAAUACAUUCUCCCGUUACAGGCUUCCUUUGCUUCACUAAAACAGGCAAACUGCAGUCACCUUCAGAACUGAUAGAUACCCUAAACUUAUAUAACAGUUUUUAGUUGAUAUCUACUAGUUUUAACUAGGGUAUACAGGGAUUAUAAUGCCCAGAUGAUGAAUACACUAGGGUUCAAAUUAUGAUGUUAUUACAACAGUAGUCAUGUUAUAUAGCUAAAUCUAAUUCUGAUUGGUGGUUGCUAAGCGAUGGAUAUAAGAUCAAGAUGGAUGUCAUCACUAUGGAAACUACUGCUUUUACUAUCAAUUAUAAACAUUGUGUCUGGUUGUCCAACUCCAUGCACCUGUACCAUGUUGCUAGGCAACAAAAAGCUAAGCAACCUGUUGCUGAGGACCCACUCAAGAAAUUCUAGCGGAAUGGAGUUGGUGUCCUGCAUCAACCAAUCACUAACAGAUGUACCAGUAGGUUUACCAAUGGAAGUCAUUUUUCUUGACGUUAGUUACAAUCAGUUGGUUACCAUUGGCAAUGAGUACCAAAAUUUGACACAUCUAAAAACUAUAGAUUUUAGCAAUAACAAAUUCAAUUCUAUGGACAAUGAACAGUUUUAUAAUCUAGACACGCUACAGAAACUAAUACUAAAAGAAAAUGGUAUGACCAAAAUUCUGUCCAACACAUUUCAAACUUUAUCAAAUCUGGAAAACUUGGAUCUGUCUAAAAAUCAACUAAUUUCUCUCAAUGAUGAAAUGUUUAACGGGCUAGGAAAUUUAAAAGCAUUAAACAUGAGCAGAAAUCAAAUAACUAAAAUAAAAGGGCUGACUUUCACUAAACUCAAGAAUUUACACAGUCUAGAUUUAAGUUUUAACUCACUGGAACUUUUGCAUCAUUACAUGUUUGAUGGAAUGCAUGAACUCAGAAUUCUAAAUCUAUCCCAUAAUUUUAUAACAUAUAUAUCGGCCCAUGUUUUUAGAUCUCUAAAAAGACUUGAAGUACUAGACUUGUCUCACAAUGUACUCAGAUCAACCAGUGAUUUUAUGUUUAAUGGUAUAUAUGCCUUACAGUAUCUCGAUAUAUCAAACAACUUUCUAGAAUAUAUCUCUGACUUGACAUUCAACAAUGCAACUAAUCUAAGAACGCUACACCUUGACUUUAAUUCUAUCCCACAAUUCAACAUUCCACUAUUUACCCACUUACGUAAGCUUGAAAUCCUGACUUUGACGCACCAACCUUACCUAACAAACCUGGUCUAUAACACAUUCACAGGACUGGAUAACCUAAAACACCUUAAUCUAAGUCUAAAUCCACGACUCUCCUUCGUCAACCCACAUCUCUUUUCAACGUUACCUAGACUACAAGACCUUGAUCUCCACAGAAACAAUAUAUCAUAUCUCUCAGCACUUACAUUCCACUUUAACCUCAACUUGACCCAUGUUGACCUUUCCCAGAAUCCAUUUCUGUGCAACUGUGAUAUUGCCUGGUUGGCAAAGAUGCUUCGACAGAACAGCUCCAUAUAUGGAGAUGGUACAUUGACAUGUGCAAUAAAUGAUGAUGACAUCAUUCCAAUCAGUUCUGUGACCAAUGAUACUUUCCCAUGUGCCAAAGUGACACAAAAUAUUACUCAGAGCAGACGCUCUUAUUUCAAACUCGGGUCAGCUGCUCGUAUUGAAUGCACUGUUGCCUUGGAUCCAACCAUGUUUAUAAUUUGGACAACACCUAGAAAAAAGACACUGAUUUAUCAUGCCUUUCAUCCAGAUGCCACAAAACACCAUCCCGAUCCAGACUACGUUUACACGAAAAGAGACUGGAUAAACAGUACUUCUUAUCAUUCGGAGAUGUUUUAUCGAAAAGAUCGUGUGAUUUUACUAUCUGACGGUUCAUUGUUGAUAGAUUACGUACUGCGUAGUGAUACAGGACCUUACACUUGUGAAGUCAAAAACGCCUAUCAUAACGUCACACAGAAAAUAUUUCUGUGGUUGGACCAAAGCUGUUUAUACGACGUACAAAUAUGGAGUCUGGUCAUUGGUGUCUGUUGUGCCACGUCUUUCUUUAUUUUGAUUCUCAUCUACACCGUCAUACGUCAGUGUACAAUACGUGUCAUUAAUAAGCGACGUCGUGACGCAAUCCGACAAUUCUUGGAGAAUGUGGACAUAUACAAGCAAAAUCAAAUCACAAGAAUUCGUGAAAACUAUAGCAACCAGCUUACUAGAGUAAGUGACCAUUAUCAUAAUCAAUUGGAGCGAUUACGCGGUAACUACUCCAUGCAGAUGGGUCGUGUGAAAAGAGGUUGUUCGCACCAAGUUGACAAAAUACGUGAUAAUUAUGGAACGCAGAAAUGUCGAUUGAAGGACUACAGUUCUCAUCAAAUAGAGCAGAUACGAUCUGCAUAUAACAAUCAGUUAUUGAGAAUAAGAGACUAUGGUUUGCUUCAGUUUGAUCGGCUCCGCGAAACAUGCAAGCUACAGCAACAGAAUGUUUUAAAGAUUCUAGAAACUAUGAACAUCGAAAACUGUAAAAGUGUAAUUGAAACAGAAUGCAUGAGGACAGAGUCAAUGAUUUUCGAAACUCCGUUUGUGAACGAUGAUGAUAUUCAGGGCCUGUCUUUAAUUGGUUCAGAGUCAGACUACAUGACGGCUUCGGAUGACUCGAAAAGUAAUGAAAGUCCAACUCCGGAAGUCGAAACUGGAUCUCCAAGAGAUGACAUUAGUCUGGAUGUGGAGGAGGUAUUUGAUCCAGUUAUUUUUGCAGAGGCCGAUUUAUAUUGUGACAACGAUAUUGAACAGGAACAGGAAGUAGUUUCUGACAUACCAGGCAUUGAUCUAGGUGAUAUUUCUUUGCAUACGAUAACCUGAACAAAUAAAAUAAUUAUUGUUUAUGAUUGAUUAUAAAUAUAACAGAAGAGGUGUAUUUUGUUAUUUUUUAUGUGAUAUAACUACGUGUAAUUAAACCUACAAUGAAAUUAUAGUCAUUUUAAUACUAAGUAUUUUUAUUUUUCAUUCAAAAUACAUAUCUUUAUUAUAAAUAUUCAAGUGCUUGUUGUGAAUAACAUACUAAACAAAUUAAUACACCUAUAUCGCCAGAAAUGUACCAUGUAAGUUUAUUCUUUUCGAAAAAUUUAAGAAUAGGAUGCUUGAAUUAUGCAAAGAUUCAGCUGUGCGAACUGCAGUGUUAAUAAUUCUGAGGUUUGGAAGAUACUGGGAAAUUUGUAACAUUUAUAAAAUCAUACAUCAGAGAGAAGUAAAUGAGAACAAUUUGGCCUACAUUAAAAUAUUGUAAGUUAUCAUGAAUUAUGCCACAGAAAACUAUGAGGACCUUUAAUUCAUAACUUUAGUACAGAAUUUUAAACAGGCAUUAUACAAGGGCUACAUCUGCCUAUUGCAGGUCACUGGCCCUCAGAAGUUACACAUGAAUGUCAUAUUGUUUGGUAAGCUGUUUGCUAUAGUAGAAGUUUUCAUACUUGAGGCUCUGCUACACCAACAUACUUUAAUUUGUUCACUUUAUUCAUGUUUUGAUUUCAUACAAUAUAUAAUCCCACAUUAAUUUUGUGAUUUUCAAUUAGGUCGGGGACAAUUUAUGACCAGGCAAACUUAUAAAGCAAAAUAUUUUGUCAAUCCAUUACAUCAUUUUUUUUUUUAAAUUUGAGGUUUUUUUUAAAAAUGUAAUUUGAGGUACCGGUAUUGAUUUGAAAUUUUUAAAUAUUAUUUGACAAUUCUAUUUACAUACUAUAGAAACUAUAUUGCAAUAUUUUGUUAGCAGUAGAUAUUGGUAUAUUUUGUAAGCCCUAGAAAUAAUUCUUGGUCAAUUUUCAUGCUGAAAACUUUCUGAUUUUUUUAGUUAAUUGAAAAAUAAUUUGUGCAAUGAGUAAAAUUAUUACACCACAGAGAUUACUGUUUAUAACAAUGUUUUAAUUCUUUUAUCAGAUUUUAAUCUUUUAAGUGGAAAUUAGAAUUUGCGAUUUUCUCAUAUUUUAUCUAUUUGUUUAAAGGGACAAUAACACUCUUGCUGGCUUGACAGCUCCAGAAAAUAAAAAAUAGCCUUAUUCUAAGUACUAGAUGUGUUAGUGUCCUACCUGUUGUGUAAAUUAUUCAUUAAAUCCUAUUUUACUUGUCCAGAGGGUUCAAAAAUAUUUUUAAAUCCAAGCCACAUUUGGAAAGGUUUACGUUGGGCUUUUCAAAUCAUUUAGUUGCAUUUUUCCAAUUUUUUAAAUUAGGUGGGUUAAGAUGAAAUUUGUAUCAUCAAUUAAUUGGAAUAUUGUAAAAUAGUACAAUUUGUUGACCAGAAUAAAGAUUGGGACAUAUUCAGUUACAACAAGAGUGGUAUUGAGCCUUUAAGAAUAAAUGCUGUUGUGAGACAAUUCAAUAUUUAAUCAAUUACUGAAGAUUCUCAAGGGCAUAUUCAUUAAAUCUUAAAAUAUUCUAAGGAUCCAACCUUUGAAUUGGAUGAAAUUUAAAAUCUUUUUGUACAGGGCAUAGUUUUUUUUAGGUGGCAUUAUUUUUGUGUGUGAAAAGAAUGUCAUAUUUUGUCAACACACUUUUUUUCCUCUUUAGUAUUCUCCAAUGAACAGGAAAAAUAAAAUCCUAUGGUAAAGGAGUUUAUUUAAACUUUGUCAUAUUCAUAAAAGAAUGGUAUCUUUACUUUAUUGUCAGCCAGUGAAAAUCGAUUAAGAUCAUGCACAGGAAUGAAAUAGUCACAGCAACAUAUGACAAUUUUUAUUUCUAUAUUACUAUUAGGCGUGCAGAGUGAGGGUUAAUUUAUUUCCUGACAGCAACGUUUCUUCUACUUUUCUUCAGAUUCGAACCGCGAAGGUUUCUUUUAUAAGCAUGCUAAUGUGAACACAGUUUGGACCUCACAUUUUUGGUCCCAUCUAAACGACUAGACACAAAUGAAAAAUAUUUGGAAAAAUACCAAAGGUUGUUCUCAGCAUUUGUCGAGAUUGAUCAAGUAUAAAAUGUGGCAAGUGAAAUAAUAUCAUCUGCUAUUUUUCAAAUAAUUUAGACGUAGUCUUCCUUUUAUUUGACUAUAUUUAUUGGUCAGUUAUUAUGAAAGUGAUAUAUAUAUUUAACAUAGAAUGAGUACUGAUUAUAUGUAUGUAAGAGAAGCAGAGUGUAUAAUAGAAUUAUACUAGAGAUGAUGUACAAUGAUAUUCUAUAUAAAUCAUAUUAAAUUACUGUAUAGAGAUUUUCUUCUUGUUAUUAAACUAUUAAAAUAAUA